GCAGAUUGCGAGCAUCCACCACUUGCUACAGUCGAGUCGCAGCCAGAUGAGGGACUGGAAGCGUUGCAGUAGCUGUUUACUUCGUCGCGUUGCUUCCGUUGAUUCGAAAUGGCCAGCUCUCGAGCGUGCUGUGCGAGUGUGGGGACGGUGCCUUGAUGCUUUGAGACUUUCCGAAGCGUUCGAACGCACCAAAGUGGACUGAGCAGCCAUGGGUGACUAUGGCGAGAAAGACAAGUGGGUCUGUCCCAACGACCGGGAGUUGGCUCUGCGGGCAAAGCUGCAGACGGGGUGGUCGGUGAAGACGGGCGCCAUGAGCACCUUCACCCGGCAGGAGCAGCUCAACGACUCGGAGCAGGAGCGCAUCGUGGGCGUCAUCAAGAGGGCAGACAUGCUGGAGCAGAUGGAGCAGCAGCGCGUCGGGCGACUGGUGGAGCGUGUGGAGAACAUGAAGCGCAACGCCCUGGGCAAUGGGACCACCCAGUGUGUGCUGUGUGCCAACGAGUUCGGCUUGCUCAGCGGAUCUCCACUGCUCUGCAACGACUGCAGGAAGGCCGUGUGCAGCAAGUGCAGUGUGGACACAUUUAGUGCACAAAGGGAGCAGAUAUGGCUGUGCAAGAUUUGUUCAGAGACACGAGAGAUGUGGAAGAAAUCCGGUGCCUGGUUCUAUCGAGCUCUGCCUAACUACGUGGUCCCUGACAAAAAGGCGGAAGGCGCCUCCAAGUACAGCUCCAGCCGAAACCGCAAUGGGACGGAGGCCACAACAGCUGCCAUUGCAGGCCGGGGGUGGCACAGGGGUCAGAAUGAGAAAGAGUCUACUGACAGCUCGGAUGAAGAAUCCAAGGCCCCCAAAGUUAAUCGCAGACUCAUUUCACGGAAGGCUAUGUACGACUCAACCGACAGCGACUCGUCUGCUGCCAGUCCCCGCAUAGGGGCCUCGUUUCCGGCGUCUCCCGAACUGGCGUCGGAAAAGUCCAGGACAGGCCUGGAGGGUGCCUCUGCACUCGAGGCGAGCUACCAAGACCCGGGCCAGGCACUGGCCACUGACUACGUGCCUUCAUCGCGUGACAUGGGGGCCGUGGCGAGAGGCGAGCACUCGGAAGUGGCACCGUGGAGGCAGAGACAGCACAAGGACCUCAGCGCCGACGACAGUGACAUCGACACCGGCUCGUGCGGUCGCUUGGGGCCCUACCUGGUCGAGGACAGGUCUCUGGACAGUCUUGGCAGCAUCGGAGGCACGGGCCGCUAUGUGACGGCCCACCUCUCGCGCUCUCCACGACGAGACCCCCUGGACGCCGAGGGGGACGAUUCCGAGUACCGAGCCGAGUCAAGUAAGCAAAAGAGCAAGAGCUUUAUCCACAGACUCAGGAUCUCCCAGAGGUAGAGCUGCCCGCGUCGAAGCCUAGCCAAACUCACUACUGCUUCCGAGGCAUGCCACGAUGUGAAUCCACGCUUUUCGCCAUUAUCGUCGAGCUGGCUGCUCCCGUCAUGUGGCAUCCCCUGUUCACGUCUCUGUCUUCAUACAAAAUGCCAACUCUUUGUUUGCUGCCUGGAGGGGCUGCCGCAAGUGCCACUGUUGGAAACAUGCUGCUGUUUUAAAGGGAACGGUACCUCGGUACGUAGCAUGUGCUCGUGACUCGAACUUGUCCUCUUCGUAAGUGAAGGGAACAGUGAUAUACGGGCAGCCUGGUUUGGAAAAGGAAUGGCUAUCAUACGCACAAAAGCAAAAGUCUGUGCACAGUUUUGGGACCUUUUGUCACUCAUUUCUUUCAUUUACUGUCAGCCAGUGUUGUGCUGCGACAAUUUCUGGUGUUAGAUACCUUAUCGUUUCUGAAACAGUGCAAAACAUGAGUAUUUUAUUAUUUUGCUCUUUUUGGUAAGGUAGUUGUAUACUUUGAUAAUCUAUAUCUGAAAAAAGACUCGAUCGCUUUUAUUUUUGUGCCAAAUAGUAAGCGAUGUAGGCCGACUACAUAUAGCUUUGGGCUUUUGUGGUGGAGGUUCAAAAGGACAAAAAUAUAUGAUGGGGUGGUCAGAUUUUCGAGCUUGACAGUCCUUUGAAUUCUUUGGAACUUCGUUCCUACUGCUCUUUAUUCUUUUGCUCUUUCUGUAAUUAUUAGUUUUUUUAUUUGCAUUUCUCGACAGGGAGGUAUGGAUGAAAGACAGGACACUCUGACUGACGGUUUUUCUUUGUUUCUCUUAAACUAGAAUGUAUAGAAUGAGAUUAUUGUAACAUGUUGUAAUGUUAUAACUAGGGUUGGGAGUUUUCGGUUUAAACCAAUAAAAAACCGAUAAAAGUAUGCCGAAUCCAUUUUCGGUAAUUCGGUUUUAACCGAAAAAGGUCAGUUUGUAGGUUCGGCGUUUUCGGUUUAAACCGAUAAAAGUACAGUGGGGGAGGGGGGGGAGAGAGAGAGAGACGGAGGGCUUUGCAAGGUUCGACAUUGUGUGACGCCCUCUUCCAAGGUUCAACGUGCAACAAAAGAGGUCUUGAUUUGGCUUUCGCGGGAUCUGUGUCCUUUCUGUGAUCGGGCUUAAUGUGUCAAGUUCCCGGUUCUAAAAAAAAAAAAAAUAGUUUGGAUGUGGUCUUCAUGCACUUCAGAGUUCAUUGAGGAAAGCCGUCAAUACCUUUCUUAACACCCUCUCUCAAACUUCCCUGUGGUUAAAAACAUAAAUACAAUGGAUUUUAUUUUAUUUUUGCCAUUCCACUGGUCAUUGUACGGUCAUCACCUCAGACGGUCACAUCGUCAGAAUGGGAAGGAAAGAAAAGCGCGCUGAAAAUUAUGCCCGCGAAUUCUGCGAUUUUGAGGUGUGUCCAGACGGAAGUUGUAGCGAAUACCACGUAUGUACAUGUACCGUUAUUCUUUGAGUGAUCACAAAUAUCACAGCUACAAGGAUCCUCUGAUCCGGUGUCCGAUCAUGCUUCUUUCAUAUUCACCGAAAAAAAAAAACGGUCAACUUUUUUGGGAAGAAAUAUACACCGAAAAAAACCGAAAAUUGAAUUUUAAAAUAAACACUGAAAAAAGUAUGCCGAAUUUUGAAAAAAUAAAAACCGAAAAUGCGGAACCCUAGUUAUAACAUGUUACAAUAUGUAACAUGUUUCAGUAUGUAACAUGCCAAGGAAAUGUUCAAAGCUUACGUGCCAAUGUAAAACAACAAAGGUUGUCGACAUUUCCAAGCAAAUGAAAGUGGAUUAAUUCAGAUCGCCUGUGGUCUUUAGCAUGUAACAAAAAUAUUGUUUACAUGGUGCCUCCAGCACAACUAGCCAUUGUCAGAUUUCGUCAUUCUCAAUAAAAUGCUAGUCACAAUAAAUAACCUUUUCUGAUAUGUUGCAGAAAUUUAGCUGCACAUUGGUAUCGUUGUACUUGCAGUUUGUGUUCCGAGGUACUGCACCCUUUAAGCAAAGAAUGGGAGUGCAUGAUGUGUGCCAUGUGCUAUGACAGCAGUGCAAAGAAAGCAUGUGUAUCAAACUGUUUGUUGUUGUGGUCCAAUGCACGUGUGACUGUUGCUCUGAUGCAAUGCCUUGAGAAAGUGUCUUUUUUUGUGUGCUUUUUACGACUGCGAGCAUUACUCUCAGUAUGGUUCAAGCGAACAGCUUGUAUGUGGGCCUUUUUGUUCACAGGGAUGAUCUGAUAUGAGGGCCAUUACUGUCCUUCAGUCUUGUUUUGUGGUACUGUGUUACAAGUGUGCUCUUUAUCAGAACUUUGGAAUGAAUUAUUUUUCUCUUGCCAUGUUUUAAGUAAAUUAUAUGUGUAUAAUGUGACAUAUUUGAUUGUAUAAUGCUUUUUUUGCUUUAUUUACUUUACAGAAAGUUUCGUUGAAGUGAUAUCAUUUAGCUUAGCCUUCAUAGCUGUCUUCAACCCCUACCCACACUGACCAUUUACCACGCAAAUAAUGUCACACUACUAACCGUUAGGAGUGACUCAAGCAUCUAUAAAGAAAACAGUCUGUUUUGUGACAACCAUUAAGGUAUUUGUGAAAGCUUACCUCAUAGUGAAAAUCACAAUAGUCCAGUAUCCAGAAUCCUGACUGUUUUUCUACUCCUCAUCUGAACACAACCUGUACUUUCAUGUCUGACAUUUCCAAAAGGCUCGCACUCAUUUUACAUGACUUGCACAUGACAUCAUUACAUCAUGCUGGCCAUUCAUACAGCCAGCACGAAUUAAAAUAUAAAGUUUAGUUGCUUGACUUGACUGACGGGCUAGGGCUUCAGGGACCCUAAAGGGACUGCAGAUCCCCAUUUGAGAACAACUGCUCUAGGGUUUUGAAUAGAUCCCUGACAGAACUCCUGUUGCUAAAAGUGGGAAACUUCAGAAGCCACAGUUACCAUAAGGAGGAGACAUGUAUAUGUUAGUUUGGUAAAACUCUGGGGCACUUGGGCUUUUGUGUCACAAACCUUUUAGCCGGAUGGCAUGCCAUUAGCAAAAGCUGUUGCCUAUUGAAAUGCCUCCAGCCAUACAAACUGUUCAUAUAUAUAUGUAUGUCACAUGCACAGAAAUAAUUUUGGACUGGGAUACAUACUAUUGUCACAAAUGUUAUAGGCACAUAACAUCUUCAAUAAACAACUAUCCUUGUUA